AUGAGUGCUACUCAGGAAGAUUAUGAAGAGUUCAAAGCGUUGACUUCUACAUUAUCAGCAUUUUAUAAUUAUCACAAAUGGGAGUAUGAAGAGCUAAUUAAACCAAGAAAGCUCAAACUAGCUUCAUUGAGUGACGAAGAACAAGAGUUAAUACCGUGGUACCCAAAACAUAUUGAUGAUAUUAAUAUAAGUGUUGGAAUUAAUGAAGAAUUUACCAAGGCAUUAGCCACAAGUAUUCUGUUGGAUUGGGGGGUGUCUAAUAGUCCGGACCAAUGGUCACAACCAACCCCAUCAGACUUUGAUAAAGUUCGCAGUACGUUAUUACAAUUGAGUAGAGAAUGGAGUACCGAUGGGAUAAAUGAAAGAAAGAUUGGGUAUGAGAAUAUAAUUGAUGAAUUGACUGAAUUAUAUCCAAAUGUUGAAGAACGCCAAAAUGUUAAAAUCUUAGUGCCAGGGUGUGGUUUGGGUAGAUUGGUUUUAGAGCUUGUAAUGAAAGGUUUUUGGACUCAAGGAAAUGAGUUUAGUUAUCAUAUGUUAUUAACAUCGAAUUUUAUUUUGAAUCAUUGUAUUUAUCCAAAUCAUUAUACUAUAUUCCCAUUUUUACAUAAAUCGUCCCAUCUAAGUAAAAAAAUCAAUCAAAUAAGACCAAUUACUAUACCAGAUAUAAAUCCAUUAAUAAUACAUGAUUUGAAAAAAGAAAAUCCUUCAAUACCUUAUGAAGAAUUAAUGUCAAUGACUGCAGGUUCAUUUGUUGAUCUCUAUGGGCCUCCCUCGUUAUCAUUACUGGAAACUUAUACGGAUAAUUCCGAAGCUUCGGAAUUUAGAAAAGAAAAUAAAGAAUCUUUUGAUGUUUUAACAACUUGUUUCUUCAUUGAUACUGCUUCUAAUAUCAUUGAUUAUUUGAAAACUAUCCAUUAUUCGUUAAAACCAAAUGGAAUUUGGAUUAAUUUUGGUCCUCUUUUAUGGCAUUUCGAAGACUACUCAAGCACCCAUCAUAUUUCAAAAAAAUUGAAAAAAGAUGGUCCAAUGGAAACAAUUCCAAAUAUUUUAAAAGGUUUAGAAUUAUCAAGAGAUGAUUUAAUUGAAUUGGCUGAAAAAAUCGGUUUCAAAUUCGAAAAAAGAAUAAGCGAUAUAGAAUCCACUUACAGCAGCGACGUCAGGGCCUUGGGCGAAUUUGUAUAUAAAUGUGAAUACUGGGUAGCCCGUAAAAUUUAA